CGAGUCUGAGAACAAACGCUGGAUUAUGGAUAAAUAAAACGCAGAGAAAAAUUAAUUAUAAUUCUUUUUCAAAAGGAGGCAAAAAAUCAACAGGAAACAUGACACAGAAGAAGGUCUCACCCUCAGACGCCACUGUAGCUGGGAAUUUACCUCCAAGCUAUGAAGAAGCUAACGCAGGAUGUCCUGGUUACUGUUAUAGUGAUGGGACAUUUUUAUGGGACGAUAAAAACAUCAGACGUGUUUUUGUGCGAAAGGUUUAUUCGAUUCUGGCGCUGCAGCUGUUUGUUACUCUCAAUGUUGUGUCACUUUUCACCUUUUAUGAACCGGUGAGGUUUUAUAUUCAGACUCAUCCUGCGCUCUACUCCAGCUUUAGCCUCCUUUUUCUUGUCACUUAUCUGAUGUUGGCUUGUUGUGGAGAUUUAAGGAGACAGUUUCCCUGGAAUCUCAUUCUGCUCUGUGUCUUUACGCUCUGCAUGGCUUUCAUGCUGGGUUUCAUUUCCAGCUACUACAACACGAGGUCUGUGAUGAUGUGUCUCGGGGUCACGGCUGUGGUGUGUGUGUGUGUCACCGUCUUCAGCUUUCAGACGAAGAUCGACGUCACAUCGUUUCAGGGUCUUCUGCUGAACCUCUGCCUGGUUCUGCUUGUCUGCACGAUUGUGGUGGGAUUCGUCGUCCCCUUUGGAUUUGUUCCAUGGAUACACACACUCUACGGGAGUCUGGGAGCCGUCACUUUCACCAUGUUCUUGGCGUUUGACACUCAGCUGUUGAUGGGGAACAGACAGUACGCUGUGAGUCCUGAGGAGUUCGUCUUCGCUGCUCUCACUCUUUAUCUCGACAUUGUUUAUAUUUUCACUCACAUUUUACAGCUGUUCGCUAACAGCAACGAAUAAACAGAACAAGACGAAUAAAUGAGACAAGACGAAUAAACGGAUGACGAAUAAACAGAAUAAUGAAGAGAUGAAACACAAAUUAGGGCAACCGCACAA